CAGUGCCCCUCCAUCCUGCAAUUCACAUAGCUUUUUAACGUUAAUCUUCUCUCCCAGCUCCAGGCCGAUAUCCCUGCAAAAUGGCUAGCGGGCACCUGGCGGUUUUUAUCUCAUCGCUGUUGCUGCUCCCUCUGGCCUUCCCCUCCAUAGCUGCUGCUUAUGGAGACAACCCGCAAGGGAAGAAAACUGAGGUAGUUGUGGAAGGAGUGGUCUACUGCCAGAGCUGUGAUAACUAUGGAUCAUGGUCCUUGUCGAAAGCAGAACCGAUCGCUUCAGCUAAAGUUAGUGUCAUAUGCAGAAACGACAUGGACCAAGUUAGCUUCUACAAGGCUUUUGAAACAGACGGGAACGGCUACUUCUUUGCUGAGCUCAAAGGGUUCCAAAUGAGCCAUCCUGUCUUGGACCAUCCCCUCCAAUCUUGCCGAGUCAAGCUCGUUUCAUCACCUCUCGAGAACUGCAACCUCCUGUCUAACGUUAACUACGGGCUCAAUGGCUCUCCACUUCGUUACGAAAACAAGAGACUGGACCGAAAGGAUUACGAGGUUGUGGUCUAUGCUGCAGGUCCCUUGGCUUUCCGACCAGCUCAUUGCCCUGCCCCAACCAACUAUUAAUGUCGCUGCUGAUCAUCUUUCGACCUGGAUUAAGUUUUCAUUUUGAUUUGGAUUCUUGUUUUUUCUGAUCAGUUUAUAUUGGUAAAUCGUUCUAUUUCUUGAAUAAAUUGAACUCUGCUGCCACGCAGCAUGCUGUUUUUGCUGC